AUGUCCCGACGGCCACCGAAUCCUGCUGCUGAACGCGCAGCUCAAAACCAGCAAACCCUCAAGAACCUUUUGAAGUUAGAGCCGAACAAAGUGUGCGCCGACUGCAAGCGCAACAAACACCCCCGAUGGGCGAGCUGGAACCUUGGCGUCUUCAUCUGCAUCCGCUGCUCAGGCAUCCACCGUGGCAUGGGCACUCACAUCAGCCGAGUCAAGUCGGUCGAUCUGGACUCAUGGACGGAUGAGCAAUUGCAGAGCAUCCUUAACUGGGGCAAUGCUCGCGCGAACAAGUACUGGGAGGCGAAGCUCCCGCCAGGCCAUAUUCCCUCUGAGGCCAAGAUCGAGAACUUCAUCCGCACGAAGUACGAGUUGAAGCGAUGGGUAAUGGACGGGCCCAUGCCAGAUCCUUCGACCUUAGAUGCUGAGGGGGACGAUGAUGUGCCGUUGAGCGUCGUCAAGGAGAAGCACAAUAUUGAUCGGCGAGAGACCCUGCGCAAGGCGUCCAUCGGCAAGACGGCCGCCCCGCAGGUUGAUCUGAUCGGUACUGACCCAGUUCCUCCUCCCGCCAAAGCCCCUGCUCCGGCUCUCGCUCCGGCCAGAGCCAACGUUACUGGCCCGGCUGGGAUCCAGGUUGCGCCAAAGUCCGAACCGGCUCCUCCGAAGACGACUACUAGCAGCGCAAAGGAUUCGCUUCUUGGGCUGGACUUUUUGGACAGUCAACCUGCUGUUCCUCCCCGGCCGGCUAGUACAACAGGUACUGCUAGCACGGGGGGCAAGUCUCGCCCUGAUUUGAAGCAGUCUAUCCUUUCUCUCUACGCAACGGCUCCUCGGCCACAACCACAGCCUGCCGCGCAACCAGCAUCUCAUUCUUCAUUUGGCUCUGUCAGCGGGUUGUCUUCUCCUGCGAUGACCCAGACUCAGAGCUCACUCGCUGGGCUGAACGAUGCCUUCAGUAGCCUGAGUUUCAACGCCUCUCCUUCACCCAAGCCUGCCCAAACAGAUGCCUUUGCCAGCCUGGCAUCCUUUGCCUCCACCAAGCCAACCACACAAACGAGCAACAGCUCGGCCUUCUCUGGCCUCAGCGGCGGCAGCUUCUUCGAUCCCAAGCCGGCAUCUACCCACCAGGCGAAGACGUCCACCAGCAGCACCUCUGGCUGGAGUUCUCUCACCUCAGCCGCUCCAUCGUCCUCUACCACAUCUAAACCUGCCCCUCCUUCCGCUGCGCUAGGCGACCUCUUUGACUUCUCAUCCUCCCCUCCCAAGACAAGCGCGCCAAUCCUCCAGCCUUCCCUUUCUUCCCCGACAAUGACCUCCACCUCUACGGGCUCUGUGUUCAACCUAUCUAAUAACAAGCCCAAGCCAGCUACCACAACCACUACUACUACUGCUACGACGACGACGACCUCAACCACCACAGCAACUAGCACCCUCGGAUCCUUCAACACACUUUCCACAAGCAACUGGUCCGACGCCAACGUCUGGAGUGACGCUAACGCCUGGGCCACGCCGGACAAGCCCGAACCGGAGCCCAAGCCGGCGACGGCCACAACUACCACGACCACAACCAAAAGCACAUUAGACGACUGGAGCUCCUUCGCAAGUCAGCCCAUUGUGCCAAGCGCGUCGGGCGGAUUCGCGCCGGCGCCAAAAGUGGCAGCAGAUGAGGAGUUUGGCGGAUGGACUAGCAGCACGGGGACAAGCUCGUCGAAGCCUGUCGGAGGAUUUGCCGGUGCGGAUGAUUUGUUUUCCAACGUGUGGCAAUGA